CCAAACUCAAAUGGAGAACACUUUCCUCAGCUCAGUUCUUCUCAUCAUCUUCCAUCUUUCCAUGGCUACUUUCUCAAUGAAUUUAACCUCCAUACUCACAGACCAAUCGGCUCUUCUUGCACUGAAAGACUCUGUCGCCCACGAUUCCAAAAAUAUAUUGGCAACUAAUUGGUCUGCCUCCACUCCUGUCUGCAAUUGGUUCGGUGUCAGCUGUGGAUCCAGGCACCACAGAGUCACAACUCUAAACCUUUCAGGAUUAGAACUCACAGGCACCCUUCCACCCCACAUGGGAAACCUAUCAUUCCUUUCCUUUCUUUCCAUCAAAGAUAAUAGCAUUCAUGGCGGUUUACCGGUUCAAUUAUCGAAUUUGCACCGGCUGAAACACAUAGACUUUGGUAACAACAGCUUCACCGGAGAAAUUCCGUCGUGGUUCGGAUCAUUAACUGAACUCCAAGAACUGUAUCUGCACGUUAACAACUUCAGUGGUGUCAUUCCAUCUUCUUUAGGCUACUUGCCGAAGCUAGAGAAGUUGAGCUUGUAUGAAAACCAGAUUUCGGGUUCAAUACCAUCCUCCAUCUUCAAUAUGUCUUCGUUGCAGGGUAUUGAUCUAAGCAAUAAUAUGCUCUCCGGUCCCAUACCCUUCAUUAAACUGGAUUUGGUUUCGCUGGAAUUCAUCAAUUUCAACUACAACAAUCUCACUGGCCUGUUUCCAAAGGAUAUGUUUGAUCAUCUUCCUAAUCUGAAAACUCUAUACUUGAGUGGUAACAUGCUUUUUGGUAGAAUUCCAAGCAGUUUAUUCAACUGCAAAAAGUUACAAACGUUAUUCCUGUCGACUAACCAAUUGGAGGGGAGUCUACCGGCAGUAAUUGAGAAUUUGAGUAUGCUUCAGUCCUUGGAUAUUAGUCAUAAUCACUUUGAAGGUCAAAUUCCAGAACAAAUUGCAAAUUUAACACUUCUUAGGGAGUUUGAUGGUUCCCAUAACAACUUCACAGGUACAAUCCCACAACUGAUUGGCAACCUAAAGAAUCUAGAAUUCUUGAGUUUGGGUGUUAACAAUCUUGUUGGUCCCAUUCCUCCAGAGAUAUUCAAUUCAUCAUCUCUGCAAGUCAUUUCUUUGCUAUUAAAUCAGCUCUCUGGUCGUCUUCCGUCAAACAUGGGGCUUUGGCUUCCAAACCUGGAAUAUCUCCUUCUUGGGAGUAAUCAACUCAGUGGUUCUUUCCCAAUGUUUAUUUCCAAUGCCUCUCAGCUCAUUUUUCUUGACAUGCCGCAUAAUUACUUUUCAGACUCCAUUCCCGACACUCUCGGCAAUCUAAGAAACUUGAAAAAACUCAACCUGGAAGUUAAUAAUCUAACUUCCUCUGGGUUGAGCUUUCUCUCUUCUUUGACAAACUGUAGAGGCUUGGAAGUCGUGGAUUUCGGAAACAACCCAUCGAUCAGCGGUAAACUUCCGGGUUUGGUAGGAAAUCUUUCAAACACUCUUCUGAGAUUCUUCGCUGCUAGGUGCAACAUCAGUGGUAGCAUACCGAGUCAGUUCGGUAACUUAAGUCGCUUGAUAGCCAUAAAGCUAGAUGACAAUAAAUUGACAGGAACGGUUCCUACUGCAAUUGGAGGAUUAAAAGAGUUGCAGAGUCUCUCUCUUUCGGGCAAUAAGUUGGAAGGACCGAUCCCGUCCGAGUUAUGUCGUCUAAACAAGUUGGCUUUCUUGUUCUUGACCAACAACAAGUUGUCCGCACCGGUACCUACUUGUUUGGGUGAUCUUGUUUCUUUGCGGCAGCUCCUCCUUGGCUCCAAUAUGUUUUCUGGCUCAAUACCUUCAACCUUGAUGGGGCUUAAUGAUUUGCUGAUCCUGAACUUGUCUUCAAAUUAUCUCACUGGUCCUCUUCCAAUUGAUAUUGGAAAGUGGAAGGUUGUGAAUAGUUUGGAUUUGUCGAACAAUCAGUUUUCGGGUGAUAUCCCGAUUAGAAUAGCCGAUCUCAAAGACCUCACUUAUUUUUCUUUAUCCGAUAAUAGAAUCACAGGUUCUAUUCCUGAGUCAUUUGGUGAAUUGUUGAGCUUGGAAUCCUUGGAUUUGUCAAGAAAUAAUCUAUCCGGAGAGAUUCCCAAGUCCUUGGAUAAACUUCAUUAUCUCAAAUAUUUCAAUGUCUCUUUCAAUAGACUGCAAGGAGAAAUUCCUGAUGGAGGACCAUUCGGAAGCUACUCGAUCGAAUCAUUUAAGGGGAACGAUGCACUGUGUGGUGCAGACCGACUUCAUGUUCCAAGAUGCAAAACUAAACCCCUUGGAAAUUCCAAGGCAAGAACUAAGCUCAUAAUAUAUGUAGCACUACCAAUUGCCUCUAUAAUUUUGGUGGUUGCUCUAACCAUCAUUAUCUUGCGAAGGUCGAAGAGGAAAGGAACAUCGGAAACUCCACAAGACUUGUUACCUUUAGGAAUGUGGAGACAAUUUUCAUACCAAGAGCUUCAUCAAGCCACAGAUGGAUUUAGUAAGAGCAAAUUGCUUGGCACUGGGAGUUAUGGUUCAGUAUAUCGAGGCACUCUUCUAGAUGGAAUUACAUUUGCGAUAAAGGUCUUCAAGUUAGAGUUAAAAGGAGCCUUUAAGAGCUUUGACGUUGAAUGUGAAGUUCUCCGCAACAUCCGUCACCGGAAUUUAACCAAAAUCAUCAGUAUGUGCUCCAAUAAUCUCGAUUUUGGAGCCUUGAUACUCGAGUUAAUGCCUAAUGGGAGUCUUGACAAAUGGUUGUAUUCCAACAACCAUUUUCUGGAUAUCCUACAAAGAUUGAACAUACUGAUAGAUGUUGCAUCUGCUUUGGAACAUCUCCAUCAUCAUCAUACAACACCAGUGGUUCAUUGCGAUCUAAAGCCCAGCAACAUUCUACUAGACGAAAAUAUGGUUGCACAUUUGAGUGAUUUUGGAAUCGCAAAACUCUUAUGUGAAGAGGAUUCAAUGAUCCAAACCAUGACCCUUGCAACGAUUGGAUAUAUGGCACCAGAGUAUGGAUCAGAAGGAAUUGUUUCUACAAAAGGUGAUGUGUAUAGCUUUGGCAUUCUUACGAUGGAAACGAUCACGAGAAAGAAGCCUACAGAUGAAAUGUUUGCUGCAGAAAUGAGCUUGAGGAGUUAUGUGAAAGAGUCGUUACCAUCUAUGGUACAUCAAGUUGGAGACACCGAAUCGGGGAGGAAACAUUUAGCAGACAACAAUUGUGCAUCAUCAAUUUGCAGGUUGCCUUAGAAUGCUCAACAAAUAUACCGGAUGAAAGGCUUGAUAUGAAACAAGUUGUCACAAAGCUGGAAAUGAUUAAAGUCAACUUCUUGAAGGAUAUUGAAUUAGGUCGAUAACAAGGCUUUUGUUUCCUGGUGGACCAGAGGCGGAAGCUGACGAGCAGCAAGCCGGUAGCCAGGAGCGAGCUUCGGGGACAUGAAAACGGUCACCCAACUCUGUUAUGUUCCAUUUAAUCGGAGGUCUUGGAAAGCUGUAAUCUGCACAUUUUGUGAAGCUGUUCUUAAAUCUUACGGAUGAUGUUGAAAGCUUUUCUC